GUUAUUCGUAAUAAAAUAGAAGUCAAAGAGAAUUAGAUAGAAGUUUUCAAAUUGUAUUUCUGGCAACAUCCAAACGCCAUAUUUUGCUUUUGUGAAAAUUACGAGAUCGUUUAGUUUUGUAUUUUGUUGAUAAAUUACAAAUUAUUGAGGAAAUAACUUCCAAGAGUCGGCUGAAAAUAUAUUUUGUUAUUGGAUGUAAAUAAGGUUCUUUACAUGCAGGAGCAGGACGAUCAAAAUCAAGAAAAUACAAUGAGUGAUUCACCAGAUCAGAACGAUCCUCCGAAGGAUCCAAAAGAAUUAGAAAAAUUGGAGGAAGCAAAAUUAAAAGCUAAAUUUCCAAAUGCAAUGUUGGGGAGAGGACCUGGUGGACAUUCAGCUUUCUUGCAGAAGAGGCUAGCUAAAGGGCAAAAAUUCUUUGACUCUGGAGAUUAUCAAAUGGCGAAACAGCGGCCCGGUAACCUGGCGGCACCCUUCAAAGCUCCCGCAGCGCCAGCCAAGCUACCCACCGGGGAGGCCAUCCCCACGCCCGACACCGUGCCUAUCCGCAAGACCUCCAUUAUCCAGCCCAAGUACAGCACGCCCAGCCAGACCUCCUAGCCUCGUCCGUCCACGCUGGCCGUCAGUGCCUGCCGCUGACUAAUAUUCCAGAUUUUUAUUUUUGCUAAUGCGUCACAUCGCUUUAAUAUUACGAAGCACUGGUACACUAUUGUUAGGGUAGUCCAAAGUGGUGUAAUUCCUUGUGUAGCACUAAAAUUAUUUUAUAACAAUAUUGUGAUUGAUUAGUCUAUGUUGAAAUUUGAAAACAUAACUUUUAUAAGAACAAGUGUUAUAGUAAUGUAUAAAAUUAGGUAUUUAGUGUAUCGAGGUAUGUGUGUGCAUUAUGUUGAAAGAGAUAUUUGCAAAUGUUUCAUUCUGUUUCGAGUAAUUUGCUGUAAGCUGUAAUAGCUAGGUAGAAAGUCUACUUGCCAAAAUUAACAUUUUACGCCUAUAACGUUAUGUGCUUCUAGUUCCAAUGAUAUUACAUUUAGUUGCCGAGGACUGUGCACCUGUGUCCUCAUUCAUCCUGUAUUGUCGCCUCUAAAAUCUCCAUUUAUAUCUGUUAUUUGUAUAUAGCAUUAUCAUUAUUCGAAGCGCGUGCUUACCGCAGCCAAAUGUAGGCAUCUCUUAAAAAAAAAAUAAAGUACACACAUGUUAUGCUUUAGAAAUAAACAUUUAUUCAUGGAAUAAGAACAAUUGGGAAUUUGUGAAAAUUUUAAGGAAGUUGAACCUUGGUCCCUGUACAUAAAGUCCUAUUGAAGUGGAGUAAAGUGAUCUUAAAUAUGUAUAGAUCUGCUCUCUGUAGCCUCAGAUGUGUGGAGAAACACAAUUUUUAUUUUUAUAUGUAACUUAAUAAGUGUUUUUUUUUUAACUCCAUAUAACAACAUUCAACAUAACAAUAUUUACAUUUCUAUAUUCAGCUGAAAGUAACUAAACUAUGAUGAAUGAAAUAAAUAAAUGUACAGUAAAGCAUCAGGGACGUACAAACCACAUUGAGUGUAAUAUUCGCACGAGAGUGAUACAUGUAUGGUAUAAGGAGCGUUGAAGAGUUAGCCAUUAUUAAAUUAAAAUAAAUUCUUGGUAAUAAAA